CUCAAGUUACGUAGUCUGAAGACUGAAAUAGUGACAUCAAAAAUAAAAUUCCACCCAUAAAUUUUUCCGACAUCCAAAACUCCAACUCUCCCCACAACCAAAUAAAAAUGUACCAACUAACCUCAACCUCCGUUUUCAAAGCUCCCUCCCCGCCCGGCCAAGAAGUUUACAUCUAUGAAAUCCUCCCCUGUGCCGCGGGCCUCGCGGCCAUUUCCUCCGACGACAGUUUGCGGCUUCUGGAUCCGUUGUCGUUGACGCUCGGUUCAGUGAAGGGAAAUCUCCAUUCGGAAUCGGGUAAGAAGAGAGAUCCGGCUGUUGAGGGUGUUACCUGUCUGACGGGAAUUGAGGGGGAGAGUGUGGUUGUUACGGCGGGGAGAGAUGGGUGGGUUAGGGUUGUUGAUUCGAGGAGUGGAGAGGGGGUGGGAGGGGUUAGAGUUGCUCAGAAUGCUCCCAUACUGUCACUUGCAUGUUCAAGCCCGUAUGCAUUGGCAGCAGGCACGGAGUUGACGAAUCAUCAAGCAAGUAUUUUGAUCUGGGAUACACGCAACUUAGAGACACCAAUAGUCCAGUAUGUCGAGAGCCAUAGCGACGAUGUUACUGAACUGCAAUUCCAUCCAACUCGACCUCAAAUCCUGCUCUCUGGCUCAACAGAUGGCUUGGUAAACAUCUACAACAUCACUAUCACAGACGAAGAGGAAGCAUUACACCAGACUAUCAACCAUAGUGCCUCGAUACACCAUGCCAACUUCCUCAGUGACGUGGAUAUAUUUGCUCUAUCACAUGACGAGAAGUUCUCGAUGUAUGAACUCGUCACGAAUCCGGAAGAAGGGGUCGAAGAGCAUCCUCCAGUCCACUUUGGUGAUCUAAGAGAGAAGCUAGGUGGUGAAUAUGUUGCGAAUGUUAUGAGGAGACCAGAUGGUGGUGCUGUGGCUGGCAUUGGAACUCAUAGUCAAGAGAGCUUUGAUCUCGUACAGUUGAAGAAUGGCCCUUGGACUUUUCAACCUGAGACAAAGGUUACAUUACCGGGAGCACACGGAUCUGAGAUCGUCCGAUCGUACUGUUUUCUCGACUCACAUCAAACUGUAUUGACUUGUGUGUUUUUGCAGAUUUCGAUACCCAUCUAUGCGCAGAUAUCAUCAGAUGAUGAUGUGGGAACGCCUGUCAGCGUGGAUACAAGUGCGCAGCCAUCGGUAGCAGCUCAAUCACCAACGCCGCAACGGCCGCUGGGGGAACCAAAUGACGGUUCCAGGAGGAUAGAUGGUACUGAGCAGGUUGACAAAGCUCUCUUCUUCCUCCAUCGAUACGAACGAUUGAAUCCGCGACCAGCACGAAAACCCUCUGGCAUAAUUGGAACGACUGGGCAAUACAUCUUAGCCCUGCUCCCACGAUUAUCUAUCCAGGGCCCUUCCGGAACUGAAGAGGAUGUAUCGAAACAGCUUCCAUCGCAGGUUGCAGAAGCAGUGCGACUUCUGGAGGAGGCAGCACAACUCAACAACCCGGAUGCUAUUUUCCUCCUGGCUGAAAUGAACUUCUACGGCAAUUUCACGCAUCCGAAGAACUUUCCUGAGUCGUUCAGACGAUAUCACCAAUUGGCCUCCUUGAAUGGAAACAGCUCGGCACAGCAUAUGCUUGGAUUCAUGUAUGCGACAGGCAUUGGAGGAGCUGUGGAAAGGGAUCAAGCAAAGUCCUUGCUAUACCACACUUUUGCAGCCAAGGGCGGGAGCGUCAAAUCCGAGAUGACACUAGCAUAUCGAUAUCAUACCGGAGUUGGAGUGGCACAGAACUGCGAUGUUUCAGUCAAGCACUAUAAAGCUGCUGCUGACCAAGCUGUCAAAUGGUUCCGUUCAGGUCCUCCAGGAGGAAUGGCGUGGGUUCCGGACUCGUAUCGAUAUGCAGACGAUGAUGGUGGUGUCUACGGAGAGGGUGCCAGCUAUUCCAGUGCAGGGAUCAACAGGAAUAAGGCAGGCGUGAACUCUGACGCACAUGCAGCUCUGGAUGAUGUUCUGGAGUAUCUGGACUUGAUGUCACGAAAGGGGGACUUUAAGGCGACAUUCAGUCUUGGACGAAUUCACUAUGAUGGACAGAAAGGCCUUCCAAGAGAUAUGCAGAGUGCAAAGUGGUAUUUCAUGAAGGUUGCGAAACUGUACUGGGGGCGAGAUGGCAGAAUCAUCGAGCAAGAAAAACCAGGUCUCGAAAAAGUCGCCACCAAAGCUGCUGGAUAUAUUGGCCGAAUGUUCAUGCGAGGCGAGGGUGUGGAGCAGAGCUUCGAGAGAGCCCAGAUCUGGUUCCAAAGGGGCAUCAAAAGUGGCGAUGCCGGCUCACAAUAUGGAAUGGGUGUUAUGCAUUUGGAAGGACUUGGAGUUCCCAAGAACUCUGCGAAAGCGACUGAGUUUUUCAAAGCUUCGGCAGAACUGGACUAUUCUCCUGCACAGGUUGCUUUAGGAGCUCUGUACCUUGACCAAGGAACACCAAACGACAUCCAAGUAGCUAGUCGCUAUUUCGAGCUUGCUGCGAGAUAUGGCCACAUUGAAUCCUACUAUUACCUUGCCGAGAUCAUUGACCAGGGACUUGGUCGAGAUCGUAGCUGCGGACUUGCAGCAGCUUAUUACAAGAAUGUUGCUGAGAAGGCCGAGCCACUCCUCUCGUCUUUUGCAGAGGCCAACGAAGCGUACGAAAGCGGAGACUAUGAAAUCGCAUUGAUUGACAACAUGUUUGCCGCCGAGCAAGGCUACGAGAGAGCUCAAGCAAAUGUUGCCUACAUUCUUGACCAGCAAAAGUUCAGAUGGUCAUUCCCCACAUGGCUGUCUCUGACUGCUUCACGCCGGCCGGCCCUCUUACAGAAUGCAGCACUUGCAUUGAUCUACUGGACAAGGUCAGCCAAGCAGUCGAAUAUUGAUUCAUUGGUCAAAAUGGGAGACUAUUAUCUUGCUGGUGUCGGCACUCAAGCCGACAUGGAGAAAGCUGCUUCGUGUUAUACAGCAGCGUCUGAAUACCACCAAAGCGCCCAGGCGCUUUACAAUCUCGCUUGGAUGCACGAAAAUGGCGUUGGGCUCAACCAAGAUUUUCAUUUGGCAAAGAGAUAUUAUGACCUUGCAUUGGAGACUAAUGAAGAGGCCUAUCUUCCCGUCACAUUGAGCUUGUUCAAACUCAGAAUGAGGAGUGCAUGGAAUACACUUACUCACGGCAGGGUGAACUCUAUUCAAGAUGAACCAGCUCCAAAGAAGCAAUGGUCUCUGUCAGAGUGGAUCUCGAACUUUCUCAAAGAUGAUCCUAUGUUAUACGAUGAUAAUGGCUUUGAUGACAACUAUCUGCCUGAAACAGAUGCUAUGCCUGGAGGGGAUGCCGAUGGUCUAUACGAUGACAUAUUGGACGAUGGACUAUUGGAAACCUUUGUGAUAAUUGGAUUAGCUGCAGCUCUGUUGUUCUUGAUUUAUUAUCGACAACAGCAUCAGUUGGCUCAUAGACGGCAAGAGGAAGCAGCGAAUGGACAAAAUGGUGCAGCGCCUGCGGGACAGCAGGAAGACAGAGGAUUAUUUCCUCAACCAGGUGAUCCUGAAUUCAACCAAUGGGUUGCAGGUGGCAUAGGGCAUUAAAAUAUUGCGUGGAGUGUACCUUUAGCGUGUAGAAAUAAGCAGAGGCAGUUCAAAAUGAUAUCCAUAAC